UUCACACUCUAAUGAAUAACCAACACACACUGUGUUAUUCAUGAGAAGUGAAAAAUGACUUAUGUAUGGAUUUUAAUUUUGAUUUUCUGCACCAUGUGUUCAGUCCAUCCUGGUAGACACUGGGUUACUGCACAUUCUGUCACAAAGCCACCAGUUAACCAGUUUGAUAAAGUGCUCAGUUUGAAAAUCGGAAUGACUGCUAUUCUGAAGUGUUGUGUUUUAGAUAAAGAAGUUGGGUUGAUGUCCUGGUUUAAGCAACAAAACAAUAAACAACCUCAGAUGAUAGUAACAUUUUUUAAAAGUGGCGAAAAAACUUAUCAUAAUGGAUUCCAAAAUGAUCGUUUUAAAAUAGAAAGAUCAACCUGGUGCAAAAUGAUCAUUCAUAAGGUCACUCAGUCUGAUGAAGCCUUGUACUACUGUGCAGUGACGAGACCCAACCUUGUGUUUGGAGAUGGAACUUAUUUACAAAUUAAAGGUGAUUAUGUUACUAUUGCAUCAGAAACGUCUACAGCAGCUCUGUGUGAUAAUUCAGUGGUGUGUGAACCAACACUGCAUGGAAACAUCAAUAACACUAACACUAACAACACCACACAGCAGAACACAGAAUCAGUAGUGAUAAGAUCUCUACAUCGAACAGUGAUCGGUUUGGGAUCGGCUUUGGGUUUGUGCGCACUUCUGAUUUUCUGUCUCACUUAUUUCAUACUGAGGAGAAGAAAAGGUGAUAAAAUAAAUGCUUCUAUUGAAGAUUUUCAAGGAACAAAGCAGGAAUCUGAAGCUGAAUCACUGAAUUAUGCGGCUUUGCAAUUCUCCAAGAGGAAAACCAAAGCUGAAAAAAGGAAACCCGUCUCAUCAGAUGAGUGUGUGUACACCGAUGUGAAAUACCCUGUAAGACAUAACGUAGAUAAUUCAUAACACAAGUGGCACUUUUAUACUGUAAAAACAGUGAAAAUAUCUUGACUAUAUACUGAAAAAGUUUAUUUAAAGAAGUAAAUAAAUGCAGACUUGAAUUUUCCAUAUAUUUCUAAAAGUAAAAUUACAUGCAAAAAACCCAUAAAAACAAUACAAUAUAUAUUUAUUUAUGUACAAAUUUACAAUAUACAAAAUACACAGUUUUGUUCUAUUCAAGAUAUUGUUUUCGUGUUUUUUUUUUAAAAUAAAUCCUGAUGUUUUCCCUCCACCAUUAUUUGUGUCGCAUUAAAUCAUUUUAUCAAGUGUCGUAUUAAAUUUAUCCGAUGUCAAUGUUUCUGUAUGACUCUGUCACUCUGUCUCUUUUUUUAAGACACGAUAAACACAUAAACAUA